AUGAAUCUCUCCUUUCUGAAUGUUAGAGGAUUAAAUAAAUCCUCUAAACAACAUUUAGUGAAAAAUCAUUUAUCUCAAUACCAUAUCUCUAUUCAAGCUAUUCUAGAAACAAAAAUAAAUGAUAGAAAAUUGCCUAUUGUUGCCAGGAAAAUAGCAAGAAACUGGAGCUGGAUAUCAAAUAUUAAUCUUGUUGGGAAAGUCAGAAUUAUCAUUAUGUGGGAUCCUAAUAUUCUGGAUAUUAAAGUGGAAAUCCUCUCAGCUCAACAUAUCACUUGUAAGGUCAAGUCUAUGGAUGGAAGAUUGGAGAGUUUCAUCACAGCAGUGUAUGGUUUUAAUCAAAUAAAUGCCAGAAGGAGAUUAUGGUCAGAACUAAAUGAUGUUUUUCAAUCUGUUGGUAAUUCUCCAUGGCUCCUAAGUGGGGAUUUCAACUCAGCUAUAAAUAAUGAAGAGAAAAUUGGGGAUGAUUUGCUUUUGGAGGCAGAUUUUAGAGACUUUAGUGAUUUUAUCUAUGAUUGUCAGCUCAAUCAUCUAAAAACUAUGGGGUGUUUUUACACAUGGAACAAUAAACAAGAUGCUAGCUCUAGAAUUUGGAGUAGAUUGGACAAAACUUUGGUGAAUGACUCUUGGUUACACAUGUUUUGUUCAAGUCAGGUUGAAUACUUACUUCCUGGUUUCUCAGACCACUCUCCUGCUCUGAUCUCAAUCUUUGAAGAUAAUGUCCAAGGCAAAAGACCUUUUAAGUUCUUUAAUAUAUGGACAAAGCAUGACACUUUCUUACCUACUGUUUCUAAAAUCUGGCAAACUGAAGUAGCAGGCUUCAAAAUGUAUUCAGUAUGUACAAAGAUGAAACUACUGAGAAGUGCCCUAAAGGAGCUCAACAAGAGGCAUUUCAGUAAUAUUAGUGAGCAAGUUCUAAGAGCAAAACAUUCUCUGGAAGAGGUGCAAAAUAACCUCCAAGUUAACCCUUUAAACCCCUCUCUUAUCAAUAGGGAAAGGGAAUGUAUGCUGUUAUACAACAAACUCCUUGAUUGUGAAAUGUCCUUUUAUCAGCAAAAAGCAAAAAAUGCCUGGAGUAUCAAAGGAGACAGAUGUACUAAAUUCUUUCAUUCAAUAGUCAAAAACUACAUGCAUUACAACAAAAUAAUGGCUCUUUAUAAUAGUCAGGAACAAAGAAUAACUGAGGGGGAUGAAAUUGCAAGGGAAUUUGUGUCCUACAAAAAUCUCAUGGGAGUUGCAAUAGAUACUAUAACCCCAGAUACAAGGGUCAUUUGUUCAGGUCCCUGUCUAUCUGCUGCACAAGCCAGUUUACUAUCAAAAACUAUCUCCAAGGAUGAAAUCAAAGAUGCUCUGUUCUCUAUGGAUGGUAAUAGGUCCCCACAUCGAGAAGGUUUUGGAGCCUUAUUCUUCAAAUCUACUUGGUCAGUAAUAGGUGAUGAAGUCACCCUUGCCAUUCAAUAUUUUUCAAGACAGGCAAAUUAUUGGGAGUGGUAA